AUGGCGCAGCCCCAGAAGAUCUGGUCUUGCGCGUUUUCGGGUCAUUUUGAGGUGGCCCAGCGAGCCAUUUUUCCGGAUUUGUUUCUUUCAAAGAUAGAUCAGGUUUUUGAAAAUAUCCACCGAAAAUUUCUCCUCCUCCUCCAAAACGCAUUUUUUUUGUAUUGAAAAAUACCAAAAGUUCAGGCAUCGAAAAAAAAAAAACUCAGGUAUGACCACGAAGCGCAUGCUGAUCUCAUGUGUGUGAGUUUCUCUAAUAUGUGUUUGUUUAGUUGUGCCCCAUUUUAACUAGCUACAGUUUCUGGUAGGUGUAGGUGGACGACGCCGCAUCGAGACUGCACAUCCGCGACUGGGUCUGGUGAUGCCCUCUGGCCCCAUCAAGCGUCGCGACAAGCGGCUCGCUUGUCAUCUCGUCUUCAAAAAGCUUGGGAGCCAGAGUCUGGUAGUCAAUUUCGUCCUCGGGGAUCUCGGAUUUCAGGACUUGCAGCAGGGACUGGUGUGGUCUUGCCCGCACGCGCCGGAGUGCCACGAAAGCGACCGGCUUGCAUUUUACGCUCCACAGAGCGGUCUCCAUGUCGCCCUGCCAUCGUGUGGCGACAUGAGAGGAGAGGGAGGGGCCUGGGAAUUGAUUGGGAAAAAUUGAUGCGGUGAUGCAACGUCGCCACUUUUAGCCGUGGCCGUAUCUCUGCAGGAGUGGUUGGUGAAGGUUGAGCCAACUUUUUUCUCAUGGCAAAUUCACAGCUGAAAACGAGUCCACUUUUCAGCUGGAGGAGAAAUUUAGCACGACCUAACGGCCUUCAAAAAAUUUCUCCUCCGCACUUUCUCUAAAAGAAAAUCGAGAAAAACAAGUGGAGGAGAAAUUUUCUGAAGGCCGUUAGGUCGUGCUAAAUUUAUCCUCCAGUCCAAAAGCGAUCUCGUUUUCGGCUCGAAAAAACCAAAAAAAGAAAGCUGACGCAAGUUUUUCGACCAACCCCGGGACCUUUUUUUCUUGGAGUUGUUUUGUGUCCGUCCUCGUCAGCGAGCUAUCGCAGGCGAGGCGCGGCGCCUGCAGAUGCGCGGUCGCGGACCCGCAGGGCGGAUAUUUACUGUUGUGCGUGCAGUCACAUAAGUCGCAAAAUUCUGGGAUUGGACGUGGCACAGUCUAGGGGGCCCAAAAGUGAAUCAACUCCAAGACUCGCUCGAAGCGCCUCGAGGGCCGACGCCGAGCCAGCUGCUCUGCGUAUUCCUUCUGAAUGACGAAGCGCUUUCUCGCACUCUCGCAUCAAGCGUUGCGACAUGGCUUGGGGCCAGCGACGUUGCUCAGCCGGGAAGAGCUGCCUCCGAUGGUGGCGCUGGGUUCCUGUAUGCAAAACCUAUCAGAAACUCGAGCUAGUUAACAUAGAGAAGGGGCACUAAGUACGUAGGGUUUUCUAACAUGGCGACGAUAGCCACAUGAUUUUGCCAUGCAUAUUGCAGGAAGACUACAAAAUUUUUUGAAAUUGAUGUCGUUUUUUUCGUUUUUUUGCAUGGAAAAAAAUGGCAUUUUGGAGGAGGAGGAUAAAUUUUGUGUGGAUAGAAAACAGUUACAUUAAAUCACUCGACUCCUCGCCACAUCUCCAUUUCGGACCUUUUACUUGUAGUUGUAGCCCUCACACUCACUUACAGCCAGGAUCUUCUUCGUCGAAGGGGGGGCGCCGAAGUUUUACAGGCGGACUUCGCCUUCGUCUUCCCCUUGCAAAAAGGCACGGCUUCGCUUCCUUCAGGUCGGUGCCUCUCCACCCGCGUUCGCGCGAUGCGUCAGCUUUCAAGUCCCAAGCUGUACUUUUGUAGGAUAACCAAAGAAAAAGAUCUAAACAAAAAUAAUAAAGACAGGCUACAUCCCUUAACUGCAGACAUCGCAGACGCUAAGUAAGUAGGCCGUUGUGUUGCUUGCCUACGUAUGAAUGUAAGAUGAGUUGACGUAGUUGAAUAUUAUCCAAAGACAAAAGCAACCGUUUCCAGAUUACAGCUUCCAAGAAGAAUUCCAGGCUUCGCUUUUCUUUGCGGACUGGUCGACAAAGAAAUGGCAAUGUGCCGCGCUACACGAUGGAGUUGGAG